GUGCCAGACCCACCUCCUUGACUCGCUGCCGUCUUCUUUUCUUGUGUCACUUUAUCAGCAACCGACGCCAUGGCAGCCUUUCGUGCUGGCAUGAACCGUGUGCCCACUGGCCUGAUCGGUGGCCUCGCCGUGGCUGGCGGUCUCGCCUACGGUGCCAACGAAUCUGUGUUCACUGUGCCCGCUGGUCAUCGCGCCAUCAUGUUCAGCCGCUUCGCUGGUGUCAAGAACGAGGUGCUGAGUGAAGGUCUUCACUUUCGCGUCCCCUGGGUUCACAAGCCCGUCAUCUAUGAUAUCCGUGCCAAGGCCCACCGCAUCACCUCGCUCACUGGUACCAAGGAUUUGCAGAUGGUCAACGUCAGUCUUCGUGUCCUCUCACGCCCAGAGACCAACGAGCUUCCCUCCCUCUUCCGUAACCUCGGCAUUGACUACGACGAUCGUGUUCUCCCCUCCAUCAUCAACGAGGUGCUGAAGUCAGAAAUUGCCCGCUUCAACGCUUCCCAGCUGAUCACCCAGCGUGAGCGCGUCAGUCGUCUUAUUCGUGAAAACCUUAAGGAUCGUGCACGCGAGUUCUGGCUCGUGCUUGAAGAUGUCUCCAUCACCGAUUUGAGCUUUGGUGUCGAGUACAGCCGCGCUGUCGAGGCCAAGCAGGUUGCACAACAGGAGGCCCAGCGCGCCGCCAUGCUCGUCGAGCGUGCCAAGCAGGAGCGUCAGCAAAAGAUCGUCGAGGCCGAGGGUGAGGCGCAGUCGGCCAAGCUGAUUGGUGAGGCCAUCCGCCAAAACCCCGGCUUCUUGCAGCUGCGUCGUAUCGACGCUGCACGCGAAAUUGCCGCCACCGUCGCCAACUCCACCAACCGCGUCUACCUGGACAGCAACCAGCUGCUCCUCAACGUCGACGAGUUCCAAUACAAGGAGGAAUCUCUCAAGACGUCGAACAAGUAAAGGCUGUAGUCUGCCAAGGCCGCUACGUCCUGCCCUCUUUUCACUGUUGGCGUUGCUAAACGUCACAACCCUUGUAUGUGCUUGUGUUGGUAUGGCUCGUUCCUUUUUUCUUGUGGUCUUUGGACUGUACUGAGCGGCGUCCCUUUUCCCCACCUUCCAAGUUCCAACGCUUUCUUUGUUUUUGUUCUUGUUGUCUACCCUUCUUCCCCCUUUGGUUUCCUGACAUGGGGUCUUUCCGCACACUUCUUGGUUUCACGCUCUACAACACUUUUCUCUGUCUUGUGCAGCACAGCGUGCUCGUUGACGAGAUUCAAAAGACUCGAUGCGUUUAUUCCUGUCCUGGCUGCAUGCCUGUUUGUUGGUGGCGUGUCGCGUUAUCCCAGAGCCCACCAACAUGGCUUUGCUUGCCAGUCAUGCCAAUUGCAUCAAAAGUCUUG